AGAAACUGGAGAGCUGAUGGCCAAACCAACCCCUUUACUUGUCUCCAUCAAUCACCAGCUAGUGGCUCUCCAAACCUUGCAGCUGUUGCAGCAGGAGCGGGGAGGCAAGGAUGAUACCAGUGCCCACUUGGACCAGGCCUCUCGAGCUCCACUAUUCAGCAUAGACAGGCCCAGUCCAAUUCAGCAUGGCAUGGGACAAGACCAGGAAGCAGCCUUCGCAAACACAUCUUGCCAGGUUUGGAAGCAGGCAGGAAGCAGAAAAGGCACAAACCAAAGCCCUGAGGAGGAAGAAGAAAAUGGAUUUGAGCCUCUUGAGCCCCAGCCAAAAGAUUCAUCCCUGUUGCGCCCAUCCAGGCCCCGAACUCUAACAGAGAUUGCUCUGCACAGCAUGUUAUCCCGAGUAGUAGAUUUAACAUCCCAGCUUGUAAAUGUGGAACAGACUCUCCUGUUCCCUCUGUUACAGGAGCAUCAUUCUUCUGACCUUUUAAAAGAUAGCAUUGAGUUUCGAAACAUCUGCAGUCACAUGGCCUCACAAGGGCAGGGAUGGCAAUUUGACAGAGACUUGUAUGCAGCAUAUGAAGGUUUGAAGACAAUUGUUAAGAAACUGAUUUGUUCACUUGCAGUUUUCCCCUCAGAGUCUUAUGCCAUCGCCCGAUCUUCUCUGAGGCAAAUCUUACAAAACCUCCCUGAGAUGAGAGAAACAAGAUCAUACAGAUGAGCACCACUAAUACCCAUAAGAAAUAAAAGCCUUAUAGAACCUUUUAACUGCCUCCAAAAUCAUGAAUAAUUUGAAAGGCUGAUACUACAGUCUUUACCUAAAAGAGUGGUCCUGUUCAUUUCACGCAAAUAAGAGCUUCAUAAUCAAGGUCCAAAUACUGCUUUCAUGCUGAGCAUCUCUGUCUCUGGAGUUUUAGUCAUCAGUGGAAGUUAACGGCUAAUUUAAGGAGGAGCUCUGCAUUGUGUAUGACUGUACUUCAAAUAAAGAGCAUUGCAGAACUGAACACAAAUAUUGAGGUAGCAUGACAAACAAUGCUGGUUGAGAAGAGGACUUACCGAAAUCUGUGACUGUCCAUCCAUCUUAGUGAUAAACUUGUUUCCAAAGAAUUUUUUUAGCUAGUUAAUACUUUACUAUGAAGAAACAACUGAACUGAAGGGUUAAGGUGUGGAGUUGCCAAUUCAGAAAAGGAAAAGGAAAACGAGUAAACUAUUAUAGACCAUGGGAAUCAAAGUUUUAAAGUAAUAAAAACUCUCAGUAGUUGAUCUCAUGAAUGUUAAGGGAAAUCAAAUACAUAGGGGCCAUGAGUACGGCUGUACUUUAACAUAUUUCAUAUUUAAAAAUUGUAGCAAAUAUUUGUGGAAGUCAUUUUGCAAAACUCUCCCAGCUCUGGUGGCUAUGCAGUACACAGUAA